UGCAGGUAAUGAACAUCAGAAAAGUGCUGACUCGGCUGGACAAACCUCAAGGAUUGUACCCAAAUUACCUGAACCCUAACAGCGGACAAUGGGGCCAACAUCACGUCUCAGUUGGAGGCUUAGGGGACAGUUUCUACGAGUACCUGCUGAAGGCCUGGCUCAUGUCAGACAAAAGUGACGAGGAAGGAAAAAAGCUCUAUUUUGAUGCCCUGCAGGCGAUUGAGAAGAAUCUGAUCCGGAAGUCGAGCGGAGGAUUGACGUAUAUCGCCGAAUGGAAAGGUGGACUCUUGGAGCAUAAGAUGGGUCACCUGACCUGCUUCGCCGGUGGGAUGAUCGCUUUAGGAGCAGACGGAGCCCCUGAUGAGAAGACGGGUCACCAGAUGGAGCUCGCGGCUGAGAUCGCCCGAACAUGUCAUGAGUCUUACGUCCGAACAAAUCUGAAACUGGGUCCUGAGGCGUUUCGUUUUGACGGCGGCGUGGAGGCCAUCGCCACACGGCAAAACGAGAAAUACUUCAUCCUGAGGCCAGAGGUCAUCGAGACGUACAUGUACAUGUGGAGGUUUACCCAUGACCCCAAAUACAGACAGUGGGGCUGGGAGGCGGUGCAGGCUCUGGAGAAGCACUGCAGGGUGGAGGGAGGUUACAGUGGAGUACGAGACGUUUACAGCAACACUCCAAACCAUGAUGACGUGCAGCAGAGCUUCUACCUGGCUGAAACGCUCAAAUAUCUCUAUCUGCUGUUCUCAGACGACGACCAUUUGCCCUUCGACCACUGGGUGUUCAACACAGAGGCUCAUCCCUUACCCGUCAUCAAGAAAGAGAGCCCAGAGUUACCAAACCAUCUCAAGUAAACCUCAUUCCACCUCCAGAAACGCCUCUGAAACACAACUUCCUUCAGCAGUGGACAAGAGCAAUGGACAUCAAAGCGCUGCGGCUGGAGAGUUUCUGUCCUCCAGGACUCCUGCUGGAGCUUUAAGUGUUUUUCUCCCCUCCUCUACCGUCUCUUUUCGGGAAUCUGCAUGCUGCCCUCUGCCCUCCUCCUGCUAUCUUUUUUUCUGUUCUUAACACUAUGGACAUGCUUCUGAGCCUCGGUGGCCCAGAAGGACCAUUUAUUUUCCUCUGUGAGGAGACCAGACCGUUUUCCAUCACACUUGCCCUCUCACACACUUUAUGAAGCCAUAGGUGAUUCAAAGUGCGUCCACGUCCUUUUUGUAUGUGUUUUUUUUUUUUUGGCAUCAUGUGUGUUUACAUGAGCGAAGAUGUGAGAUCUGUCUACUGAAACUUCGCCGGCGUCUCUUGCUGUCUGUUUUUUUUUUUUCUUCGGCGUUGAGGUUUGGUUCAGUAUUUUGAGGCUUUAUUCGACAGCAAGGUAGUGAAACCAAGUCAACUAGUGCCUUUUAGUCUUAACUGAUCAAUGUCCAUUUUAAUAGCAACGCUCCAUUUAAUUUCACCGUAAGCAUCGUUCUACCCUCAUUAUGGAUAUACACUAUCUAUCAAAAGUCUUGUCGCCCAUCCAAGUAUUAGGACAAUUAACAAAUAAUAACUUGACUUCUAGUUGAUCUUUUGGUAUCAGGACUCCCAGAGUUCAUCAAGAUUCUUUGGAUUCAUCUUCAGUGCCUCCUCCUUCAUCCUACCCCAGACAUGCUCAAUAAUGUUCAUGUCUGGAAAAUGGGCUGGCCAAUCCUGGAGCACCUUGACCUUAGCUUUCAGGAACUUUGAUGUGAAGGCUGAAGUAUGACAAGGAGAGCUAUCCUGCUAAAGAAUUUGCCCUCUCCUGUGGUUUGUAAUAUAAUGGGCGGCACAGAUGUCUUGAUACCUCAGGCUGUUGAUGUUGCCAUCCCCUCUGCAGAUCUCUCACAUGCCCUCAUACUGAAUGUAACCCCAAACCAUGAUUUUUCCUUGACCAAACUUGACUGAUUUCUAUGAGAAUCUUGGGUCCAUGCAAGUUCCAAUAGGUCUUCUGCAGUAUUUAUGAUUAUUAAGAUGCAGUUCAACAGAUGAUUCAAAUCUACCUUCUGCUACUUUUCCAAAUGAUCAACUAGAAGUCAAGUUAUUAUUUGUUGCUCUUACAACUGGGAUCAACAACAAGAUUUUCGUCAGGUAGUGUAGAGUCGUUCAUUUGUGAGCUUACCUUUGUCGCAUAGAAUGUGUAAAAAAGGUGUGUUAAUUGUUUACUAAAUCAAAGGAGGACGAGACUUUUUAUCCUUGACAUGUAUAAUAGAGUACUUUGUGUUAAUUUAUUAAUCAAGAGGGUGAAGGGGGUCUUUGUUUUUGUCAGUGUGGAGGGCAGGAAUCUACAGAGCUUCUAAUGGGAUGUGGUGAUGAAAAAAAUAAGAUGAUGGGGAAAAUUAUAUUUCGGUGAUUUAGUGUUUAUUUGCAAUAACAUUGUGUUCCCUGGAUGAACUUUGCACCUGCUUGUGAAUCUGUUGUGCUUCCCCACCAAAUUGAGCAUUCUCUAAUUAAAAGUACGGCUAUUAUAUAAUUUGUAAGGAUAUUUUCUUAUGGGAGUGGUAAGUAAUGCAAAGUAUAAAAUUGUUUGAGAAACUUUGCAUUGCUUUAUAAAAGUUCUUUCAGAAAUGUAUUCCACUCUCUCACAAAUGUAUUACAUUCCCUCAAGAAUUAUUCUGUUGCACAACAGUUGCAUUCUCUCAUAAUCCCUCCCCAUUGAUGCAAUAGUUUUCUAGGAGGACACACAUACAAUCAGAAUGAUUGGUAUAUUUCUUUGAGAAACGCAGUGUUAAUUAAUUAACCAAAAUAUCUUGACAUAAACUUAAUAAUAGUAAUAAUAAUUAUACAUUUUAUUUAUAAUGCGCUUUUCUAAAACCCAAAGCGCCAGCAACUUGUCACGGUUUCCUCUCAAAAUGAGUUUUCUCACAAAGAAAUGUUUUGCACUAAUAUAGUUUGUCCUCCUGCUUCUAUAAAUCAUAUCAUCUCCAUUAUAAAAGUUUAGUGAAUGAAAAGUUUUUAAGGGAAAUUGAAAGCUUUGUGAGUGUAAAACGUUUCUCACGAGAUCUCAAAUUUGGCAAGCAAAUUAGCAAGAACACAAUGGAUUCUUGAAGCAGUGCAGAAGUUUGUUUGUAGAUAAUUUAAAUAUAACUUUCCCUUCCUAGGGGUCCGUUCUUUGUACGUAGAUUACUCAAUUAGCUGGAUUUGGUUAUUGACCAUUUGACGUGAUCCAGGAUUGUUUCUCAAACCAUAGCUCAAACCUGCUCGGGGGCAGGCUUAUUUCAUAUAAACAGGAUUAGAUUGGUUCUUUCCAAGCAAAGGUAAUACUGAAAGUAUGUACUGAAUGCUGAUAACUUCUUAUGCUGUGUUACACGAGACACGGUACACGUGGAUAAAUUGCGUUAUUCACGCAUAAAUAGAUGUAAAUUUUGAGUUUACUCACUUCAUUUGUGCAUCAAAUCUGAUUCAUUCAAAUCCACUUCAGAACAGACAUGGAGAGGGCUUCUGUCUGCCCAGUGACUUUAGCUUCGUUGCUAAAUGGCUAACGUAGAUUUUUUUGAGAGAAUAGCUGUAUUCCUGCUUUAGGAAGAUCUGUCCUUCAUAACACAUGCAGUGAUCUCAGAUCAGUUUAUCCAGACACUUUAAUCUGAUUCACAAACUUGUUUGAAGAACCAAAUUCGCCAGAGAUCAGUUAUCAAGAUUAAAAAUCCAGAGUCUGCCAAAUCAUCUUAGAUUGUUUAAGCAAGGUACAAAGAACGGAGCCCUCAUUUAAUUUUUUUAAUAUUCUUAUUUACCAUCACCACGUUUUUUGGACUUCCAUUGGAAACAUCGAUUUAAAGCUGCUUGAAUCUUUCGUGUUUUAUUAGGACAACAUGGGCAGCGUUCGUAAAAAGGGGAGAGAAUAUUAGUUUGAAUGUACCACCAAAUGUGAAUUGAACAUACUUUGGCCUAGCUGUUGUGAUUUAUCAUUUAAUCUGUUUGUCUGUUCGUGUGUUCGUUUGAUUUAACAUGAAAGCACAAAGUUAUGAAUCAGUAUAUUCGGGUUCUCCGUAUAGAAAAGGAUAGGAAAAUUACUGUAGGAUGACAAGACGGCGAGUUAUUUAAAUAGAAAACAAGAUGCAAACCAGUGAUUUCAAAGCAGUCCGUAGCACUGGAUACAACACACACAAACACAUAAUGAAGUAAUAAUGCAUUCACAUCACAUACACUACAUCACAUUUCAAAUCAUGCACAAACAACUGGACCAGUUUCCAUCUUUAAAGUCCGUGUGAGUCGAAAGUUGCUGUGACUUUUAUAUUGGUGUACUUCCAACUGAAGCGGAAUAUUGGGUAGGGGGCGGGACUUUCUGUUUGCAUAUCAUUCCCUAGUAGCAAACAAAACGUAAAAGGGGUGUGGUUAAUAUAGUGGCUGAAGCCAUCAAACUGACAUUAACAGAGAAGGACCACCAUUGCAAAUGCCGAAAUAGUCAGACUUUGAUUGAAGAUUACCAAAACAAAACAACCAAAUUUCAGUGUAUUAACUUGCACUGAUUAAUUAAUAAUAUGGACAGAGGCCAGUGGGUAGAUUUGGCCUGGAUGCUGGGGUUAAACCCCAACUCUUUUUUUGAAGGACAUCCUGGGAUUUUACUGACCACAGAGAGUCAGGACGUCCUCCUCCAGAAGACGACGCUCACAGAGCAGUGUAGAGUCUCCUUCACUAUACUGGGGUGUUAGGUCCCACACAGACUGCAGGUUAAACGCCCCCUGCUGGUCUCACUAACACCACAAAUUAUUCACAGAAACACCUAACAAUGUGCGCUAGCAAAAUAAACAUUGUAAGUUUCGAUAUCACACAGACUUUAAUGAUAGAUUUUGUGAAAUUGACGCAGGACGUGCUUGAUAAUGCGUCUAUUUUCAGCCUGUUUCCCAAAAUCAUCAUGUUUAACUAGUACGGUGUGGUGCUUUAACCAAUGUAUUAUACUAGUGGAUCUACAUGGGAAAAUAAAAAAUAAUACCUCGCAGGGAUUCCUCUUUUGAGGCCGGCGACUGCAAAACUUGACAUGGUAUUUCUGCGCUGUACGUAUGUAUGCUAGCGAACGGUGUGCUGUCGGAGUUAGGAAGUGAAAUAAAUCAAAGUACCGUCAUCUGGAGGGAGUCCCGUCAUAAAACACUGUGACACUGUAGAUAAGACAUCGCAUUCACUGUAUUCAUGAUACUGCGAAUCUAAACCAUGUUUAGCACUGCCGCGGCUUAGCGUGGGCUAGCGCUUUGUGCUGUCUCUUUCGUGAAAGUGAUUCCUCAAGCUGUGACUGAGAAUUCGUAGCAAAUCUUGUGCUGGGUUCAACAACAAACGUGGAAUUAAGUAGAUGCGCAAGCAAUUCACAUACAAAGUCAAUGCGUUGAAUAGAGGUGAAUUAUCGUUGUGUGCGAAAGUGCAGAAUUUGCCUCAAUUACGUCUUUCGCACAAGUUCAAGUAAUUGAACUCAAGCAGAAAAUUCAUGUGAGGAGGGAAAAACAUUCAGUGAGUAAACUAGAGCAAGUGAUGGCGUGAACCCAGCAUUCGUGACAUUCGGGAACAGACAUUUCCUCGCAUCUGGUUGCGAUACGCAGAAUAGAAGCCGUGCUUUUCAGAUUAAAUAUUAGUUGUUUAAAUAUUGUGUUGAUGAUCUUGCAUAGAAAAUGCCUUUUUCGUUUGUGAUUCUUGUUGUUCGCUACUUCUUUUAUGAGACAACCUCAGAAAUGUAACUGU